CUGCUACAACAGCUACAGAAGUUUCGCCCACUUUAUCUGGAGGAGAAGAUACGGCUAUUACAACUGAAGUUACUAUAACACCUCAAGCACCUACGACUAUCACAACUGUAGCUACUACAACAAAUGAAGGACCUACGAUUACCACAGCUGUAGCUACUAACGUUACAACAACUACGGCAGAUCAGACAAAUACAACCGUAGAUGCUAAUACAACAACAGGUCCGGUUGAUCCAUCCACAAGACCACCUGUUCCUACAACCACACCAGACCCUUGUGCUGUAAACCCAUGUCCCCAUGGGAGCACCUGUCAGGCUCGUGUCAAUCAAACCUUUACAUGCUGGUGUUUGGCUGGUGAAUACAAUCCUGGCAGCGGAACAUGUGAGAGUGCCAAAGUUUUCCCUGGAAAACUAGACCUGCCUCUAUUUAAAUUCCAUAAAAGUAUGACUGUCAAGACAUCACCAGAAUUUCAAGAAGCCUCGCAAAAAAUUACUGAAGAGGUAAGCAACAAGUUCUCUCCUUUUUUUUUACGUGGCUUUUUUUUUUUUUUUGGAAUUAAGGCCUUUCAGAUAAUGCACGCCCAUUGCUUGAGUUUUAUGUUUUUGUUUUUUUAAAUAUCCCCCAUCUAUUCCAACAAACAACAACUGACCAACAGCUAAAUGUGGCAAAUAAUAAAUAAUUCUUCCUUUAUUUCCCUUAAACAUGUUUGAAUUUUUUUUUUACCCUGAAGAAGAACUGUCUGUGGAGUUCACUGCCAACAGUGAUCGUUCAUUUUACUCACCGGUGCUACACUUAGCCAUUAAACCUGAUGCGUGUGGUAAUGAAUGUACUAUGUUGCUACACAAUAUCUAUCAAUCGCAGGAGUGAAAUUGAUCUAAAUGGGCUGUGCGUUCCCAAUCAGAUGAUGGCCUAAACAAAAUUGUGUUUUUUUCCAAAACACAGCUGAAGAGGGUUUUCGGGAAUACUGAUGGUUACUCUGGAUCUAUAGUGCUGGAAAUCCGUGAGCUGCCCAAAGGUAGUAAAGUUUGGUCAUGGACGGAUGGGGCCAGUGCAGAUGUAGAGAUGUUCUUCAAAGCAAAUACUAACAUCAGUUCAACAGACGUUGAAAAGACGAUAGAAGAGGCUGCCACAUGUGAGAGCUGUCCACUGGCAGGUGGAACUUUCAAUGGUACAAGCCUGUGUGAUCAGAAGCCCUGUGAAUUGAAAACUUCAACAUGCGAAUCGAAAAGUGGUUCUUUUGGCUGUAACUGUUUGCCCGGUUACAUUAAGACGAACUUCAGUAACAGAAUGUGCAUUGCUUGUCCCAGCGGUGAAAAGGCGGUUGGGUUCGAAACAUGUAUCGAUUGUUCAUUCGGUCAAUCUGGUUUUAACUGCAAUGAAUCAUGGCAACUGGCGCUGGUAAUCGUCGGCACCGUGCUCGGGGGACUGCUGCUCAUCACACUCAUUCUUCUGCCUGUAUUGUUACACAAAAAAUCGUCAAAGAAGAGCUCCAAGAAGAACAACAAGUCAGAUACUGAGAAGUCUUACAAUAGCCACCUUCCUGCCAAGGCACCACUGGUUAACAACGGCUUAGCCAACAGCCAGGCUGCCUCAGUUAAUGGGCCGGCCAACAGCCUGUCAGCCUUUGCCAAUGCUGGGGUGCCUAGGAUCCCACGGGCCACAUCCACCAACAGCUGGGACAGCAGGACCAACCUGGAGAUGGCUCCGAGCAAUGGCCGUCAAAACCUGAUCCCUAUGGGGAAGAACCCGCGGCUCUACGACGACCAUGAAUACAUGAACCCGUAUGCUCAGGCUCGACCCCAGAGCAGCCUCUACGCCCAGGCUCGCCCCCAGAACAACCCCUACGCCCAGAAUCGACCUCAGACCAACCCGUAUGAUCAGAGCCAAGGCCACAGCAACCCUCACUACGUGCACGACAAUGGAAGACGGUUCAAUUAAUGAGGAAGCACAAAGGUUUAUCCUACAGUGACAUUUACCCAGAUCAAAAGCUGCUUGGAGUUUUAUUGGAAUCACCUCAGAAUUCUCUUUUCUUCUAUUUUUUCCCCCAAAAUAACUGUAUACUAUUAAUACCCCAUUAUGAUAAGAGUAUGGUAAGAAAGAGAAGCAUAAGGGUUGUGUGCAAUGGUUGAAGAAAUGUGCAGCAGUGUGAGCUCUAUUCUGACCAAUUAUAAGCUGUCAUAAAUCAUUCCUGUCUUUCCUUGACUAAUCUUUUAUGAGAGUUUAGGAUAUGAGAUGAACUGUAGGUCUUUUGAAAGGUUUCUCGCUAUUUUUGUUGUCAAUCAAUUGAAAUAUUACUCUCUUAAGAAUGUCUAAUUGUUUACUGGCAUUGAAAUGAGGAAAUGAGGAACUGUUUGAUAUCUUUCUCUUGCCCAGAUAAUGUAUCGCUCGUCUAUGAAUUUACAGGUAAUCAUUUGUGUUAUGUUUAAGUCUCAAUUUUCUGUUUCACUCAGUGAAUGAGACGAGUUUCUUUUGUUCAAAUAUAAUCCAAUGAGUUAUUCCCUUAAAUUAAGACAGGUUAGGUCCCUCUAUAUAUUUCAGUAUAAUUUGUGUAAAAGGUUUACUACAUUGAAAUUAUUUGAUGUCUAUUUUGUACAACUAAGAGUAUAUUUUGUUUAUUUUUAACCACUGUCAUAUCCGAUUGAUACCAAGCUGUUGUUCAACACGAAUGGAAAUAUUUUACCACUUAUUGUAUUGUAUUAGUUUGUCUUUGUCACUCAUAUCUAUGUGAUAUUUAAUUAAUUUUAACCCCAAAAGAAAUAAAGGA